GCACAUCAGCUCAGUGUCCUGAUUCAUCCAAAUGUGUCCACAUUGAAGAGAGAUUUUACUGUGAAUGCCUAAACAGUACUAUACCCAGUAUCACUGCAGGCACAUUGGUUUGCAAAGAUCUUCACAGGAAUGAGAUAUCGCCUGAGGCUCAAUUUAGAAAUCUAAACAGUACCAUCAUGAAUUUGAGAGACAAUGCUGUUUUUGAGCCACACGUUGUGUCGUCCUUUCUGGAGCAUUUAGAAGAUGCCCUUACUGAUAUGGCACAGAAUACCAGUAAAGAAAAGCUGGUGGUGUUUGGUGAUGCCAUGCUGCAGUCCACUGAAAAGCUGGUGGGGGCCCUGGUGGAGCACACGACCACAAACAGCAGAACAACACUGAUAACCAAAACCAUAGAAGUACAAACUUUCACCAUCGGAAAGGACUAUAAAAGCAAUAUGAUCAUCAAUCUUGAAAAAAAUAACUCAUUGGCUAUAGACCUCGUUCGUAUUGCAAGGAACAACAAUGGAUCAGCCGCUGUGGCCUUCACAAACUUCAAGAAAUUGGGUUCAGUUCUGACAGCAGACCUCUUCUACACUGUCAGUGAUGCAAAUAAGACCAUGAUGUCUGCAGUUCUGAGUGCCUCCCUUCCAAAAACCCCAAACAAAGUCCUGCCAAGUCCAGCCAACAUCACAGUUAAACACAUCCAGAGUCUGGUGCAUCAGGGUGUGGUCUCCUGUGUGUACUGGAAUGGCAGCGCCUGGGUGGUAGACGGCUGUGAUGUCACCCAGACCAACUCCACCCACACCGUCUGCAGCUGUGUGCACUUCUCCACCUUCGCUCUGAUCAUGCAGGUGGAGCGACCUCCAGAGGUGGAGCGACCUCCAGAGGUAGAGUACAAAGGUUGUGUACUGAUUACCUCAUAA